AUGGAGCAGAUUAUUCUUGUUGAUCAAUCUGAACGUUUUGUUUUCAAGCCAAUGUUGUAUGAGCUUCUAUCUGGAGAAGUGGACGAAUGGCAAAUAGCUCCUCGUUUCUUGGAUUUGCUGGCUAACACUAGUGUGCAGUUUUUCAAAGACAGAGUAAAAGUUUUGUAUCCCUCUGAUCAUUGGGGAAUGAAUGUAUCCAAAGCAUCUAGAUGUGGAGGAACUGUUCAUCUUGAAAGCGGCCUUCUUAUUGAAUAUGACUGCAUUUCUGUUGAUAACCUUUUCAUUUCUUCACACUGGACAGCCAGGCUGGUUCUUGCAUUGGGAGCUGAAGCUAAACUGGAUGUUGUACCAGGAGCAGCAGAAUUUGCAAUUCCUUUCUCAACGCUAGAAGAUGCACGGAAAGUCAAAGAUAAAUUAACAACAUUAGAGAGAAAGACCUUUGGAAAGGACUUUCAAAUUAGUGUGGCUGUUGUUGGCUGUGGUUACUCGGGAGUUGAAUUGGCUGCAACAGUAGCAGAGCGAUUACAAAACAGAGGAAUUGUGAGAGCAAUUAAUGUUGAAACUAUGAUUUGCCCAAAUGCCACACCAGGAAAUAGGGAAGCUGCACUAAAAGUUCUUUCAUCAAGGAAAGUCGAACUUUUAUUGGGUUAUUUUGUCCGCUGUAUCCGGAGUUUUGGUCAAUUGGAAUCUUCACAUACCGUGACAGGGGUAGAUGAAAAUAGUAUUGAAGUAGCAGCACCUGCUUUUGAGAGAUAUAUAUUGGAGCUACAACCUGCUGAAAGGGGAACGCAAAGUAAAAUCAUCGAAGCAGAUCUGGUGUUGUGGACUGUUGGGACCAAACCUCCUCUUCCUCAGCUAGAACCGUCAGAUGUACCGUUUGUUAUUCCACUUAAUGCUCGAGGACAAGCUGAAACAGAUGAAACACUCCGUGUUAAGGGUCAUCCCCGGAUAUUUGCCCUUGGCGACUCUUCUGCAUUAAGGGAUUCAAGUGGAAGGAUCCUUCCAGCCACUGCACAGGUUGCAUUUCAGCAAGCAGACUUCACUGGUUGGAAUCUAUGGGCUGCAAUCAAUGGGCGUCCACUUUUGCCAUUUAG